UAAUAUGGCAAUGCCAUGUGUAAUGUCAGCAUUGAUAUACUUCGAUUUUCAUUACGAAGUGGUCUUAGAUUUCACAAAAGUAUUUAAUUUAGAAACGCUUAAAGAAAAUAUAAGAAAUGGGCAACAAUCACACUAUUCAAGAUAUGAUUAACGAAUUGAUAGCGGUGCCGCAGCGUAAUGAUAUAAACAUCAAUCCCGAACACAUUACAAUGUUGGAAGGAGGAUGUGCUUCAAGAAAUAUAGAUGGUCGUAGGCGACAUCCAGUUAGAAGGUCUACUACGAUACCACGACGUCAAUAUCGAACACUAGGUUUGAACACAUUACCCAAAACCGCGAUGACAUAUCUAGAAGCAAUGACAAUACACCGUGUUUGGAGAUGUUACGUGCGUGAAGCGCUGGGUAUACGUCCUGGUGAUUUUCUGCCCACAGUAUAUGAGAAAGGUCACGAUCCCAUUUGUCAAUUGUUGAUGAAAACUGAUCUGCAUGGGGCUAAAAUGGAAGUACUGGCAUCAAAAUGCGAAACCUUGGUGGGAUUGAUUGGUGUUGUUGUGUUGGAAACGAAAAAUAUAUUUAAAAUGGUAGGCAAAGAUGACCGUCUAAGAUCGAUACCGAAGCAAGACAGCGUAUUUUGCAUUACCAUCGGAAAUAUAGAAGUUGUAUGCUACGGCAAACAAUUAUUGACACGUAGCGCAGAGCGCAGCGUCAAGAAGGUAAAGGCCGCCUUUGAUCCUUCUGGCGUCGAUUAAUAAGCGUCUUCACUAAAAUUUAAUAAAAAUUGUCGAGUACAAAAUACAAAUAACUAUACAAAUAAAUUUAUAUACCAUUAUAGCCAUAUGUCAAUACUAGGUUAGGUUCCGUUUCUAUAACAGUCGGGUUUACGUAACCGGAACGGACCCGGAUUUUUUCCGGCCAAGGACUGUGAACUCGA